CAGCAGAUUGGCAGAAAUACGGGAGCACUGUUACAUGUUCAUACUUCCAAAAGGACAAGGAAACUGUAUCACCUGGACCGAAACAAACACUUACACUGGGAUAAAGAAUCGUGGAUCAAAAUAUACACACACGCCUGAAAGACUACAUAAAGAAAAAUGUCAAGAAAAGAGUUCCGAUACCGAACCUCGGGGAUAAAUUAGAACGAGAACACAUGUGCUUAUAUGACUUGAGGACAUCACACUGUUUCUGAGAAACUCAUCACAGAUGUAAGAAGUAAUAAUAGCCCCAGACCACACCAGGAGACCGCAGUCACGGUCUUGAUGUGAGCUUAACCCCUAUAAAAAAAAAGAAGGAAAACCCAAGGGGAACAAUAAUGCAUUUUCUUUUGUAAUGACGUUCUAUUUAUUACAUUUGAAGCUAAAGUCAAAGCAAACUUGGUUUGUUUUUCAAUACCCUCCUACAAAAAUAAAGGGUGAAAAAACACAUUCACCGCACAGCCAAAACAAAGACCUUUGGGAUUUCAGAACGAUAAGAUUUGGUCGAAGAAUUUAGAGAGUGAGAUACACACGAAGAGGGGGAUAUUGAAUUAUUUCUUAUUUAAUUGCUGGAUUUUUUUUAUUUUUUUUUAUUAGUAUUUUAUUUUUUAAAACACAUUAUAUCGAUUAAAGCACAUCUGUUACGCAACCUUCCGUGAUUCACUGGAUCGGAAAUAUUUAUAUUUCUGUAAGGUGCUGCUUCUACUCGUUUGGAUCUUUAAACCCCGGAACUAAGCCGGGAUGGGUUGUUUCUGUGCUGCUCAAGAGGAGUUUUACUGUGAAGUUCUACUUUUGGAUGAAACCAAGUUGACAUUAACCACCCAACAGCAGGGGAUAAAGAAGUCAACGAAGGGGUCGGUUGUCCUGGACUACGUAUUCAGUCAUGUAAACCUGGUGGAGACAGAUUACUUUGGACUGCGUUUUUGUGACAGGAGUCAUCAGACGUAUUGGCUGGACCCUGCAAAGACCCUUGCUGAGCACAAAGAGUUAAUAAACACAGGACCACCCUAUACUCUGUACUUUGGUGUAAAAUUUUAUGCAGAUGACCCCUGUAAGCUUAAAGAAGAAAUUACAAGGUAUCAGUUUCUCCUGCAAGUCAAACAAGAUGUCCUUCAAGGCCGUCUGCCCUGCCCUUUCAAUAUCGCGGCACAACUGGGUGCUUAUGCCAUCCAGUCUGAACUUGGAGAUUAUGAUCCCUAUAAACACACAGCAGGCUAUGUGUCAGAAUAUCGCUUUGUCCCAGAUCAGAAAGAGGAGCUUGAGGAAGCAAUUGAACGGAUUCACAAAACUGUAACAGGUCAAGUUCCUGCAGAGGCUGAGGCUCAUUAUUUAGGAGUCGCUAAAACACUGGAUAUGUAUGGAGUGGACCUCCACCCUGUAUUUGGAGAAAACCAGUCAGAAUAUUUUUUAGGGUUAACGCCCAUCGGAGUUGUUGUGUACAAGAAUAAAAAUCAAGUCGGAAAGUAUUUCUGGCCAAGAAUUACAAAGGUUCAUUUCAAGGAAACGCAGUUUGAACUCCGGGUGCUAGGAAAAGAUUGCAAUGAGACAUCUUUCUUUUUUGAAGCACCAAAUAAAACGGCUUGUAAACACCUCUGGAAAUGCUGUGUAGAAUACCACACAUUCUUUAGAAUGCCAGAAAAUGAUUCCAACUCCUUGACAAGAAAGUUAACAAAGUUUGGUUCCCUUGGAUCGAAACAUCGAUACAGUGGGAAGACAGCUGUGCAAAUGAGCAGACAUCAGUCUAUUGAGCUGCCACGGCCAGACUUACAAGUACAAAGAACUCGCAGCAAAACAUACCCGAAAAGGACAGCUCAGUCUCAACAAGCAGGACCCAGCAAUGGGAAUCGAACUGACACAAAGACUGAGAACGGAGAAAGUGAAACAACUACUAAGAUUAUUGCCCCUUCUCCAGUAAAAAGUUCAAAAAUAAAAAAAACAGACAGCAGUCCAGAAACACAGCGUGGGAAAACCAGUGCGCCCUGGGAUGAGAACGGGCCACAGAGUGGUUUAUAUAAUUCUCCAAAUGAGCGAAACAAAUCACCAAAAUUUCCAAACCCGCGAAGACGGACCCCUUCCGGUGGAAGUGAGAAUGAAGCUGUGCAGCCCGUGAGACGCAGGAAAGGCCAAAAUAAUAAUGAUGAUACAGAUUUAAAACACAGAAGAAGGUCACGUUCCCGUGGAAACACCAGCAGCGGGAGUGAGUCCGAAAAUUCCAACAGGGAUCAUCGAAAAAAAAGAAAUAGUUUGUUGCCAUUUAGGUCACGCCAGGAAAAUGAAAUGGUGGACUCAGCGCCUCAGUGGGAAGCUGUGUUGCGACAGCAGAAGGAGAGGUCCCAGAAUGACCCCAACUACAGGCGUUCCAGACACCGGUCACGAUCGAGAAGCCCUGAUGUUCAAGCUAAGGAAGAACUCUGGAAACAUAUUAAGAAAGAACUUGUAGAUCCAUCUGGUUUAACUGAAGAGCAGCUAAAGGAAAUCCCUUACAAGAAAGUAGAAACCCAAGGUGACCCUGUCAAGAUCAGACACUCCCAUUCACCGAGGAGCUUCCGACAGCACAGGCGCUCCCAGUGCUCUGACGGAGAGAGAUCUGUGCUUUCAGAAGUAAACUCAAGGACUGACCUGGUUCCUCCAUUACCUGUUACUCGCACGGCUGAUUCCCAGGGCCCCAGAGGUCCUCCCUCCCAACAGAAGAAAAAUGGAUCUAAAGAUAACCUUUCAGAAGGCACUGAGCUGGAUGUAAAAUGCAGCACGAAGGUUGUGAAAACAGUUCAGACAGCAAGGCUGAAAGCAGAAACGUGACCUCCACCCACAUCCUACCUGAGGAGUAUUUAAAACACAUCUGAUAUUGCUUGAAACCUGAAAAUGUGAAUAUUACCAAGAUCCCAUCUCUACCACAAUCCCAGGGAGGAGUUAAAUUAAACAUAUUGUAAAUAGAGGCUGUGACAUUGCCGUUUAUUACGUUAUGGAACAUUUUAUUUUACUGGUUCUUUACUUAAGCAAACUGAAUCAGAUAUGUACAUCUGAGUCUUGCAUGUAAUAAACUGGAAUAUACAGAGGACAUAUAUAAGAGCCAGUUAUUUCAAUGUUUUUGGCUGCUUCAAUAUUCCAUGGAUAUUUCCCCGGCAAGUUUAUUCUAAUUUGUUGACAGUGGACACAAGAAUAAACAGGACCAAUUUAAUGUUGCAUAUGUGCCGUUACCUCCAAGCUACUUGACCUCCAUUUUAUACAGUAUUAAACUUUGUGUGUACCUAGUAACUACGUAAAAUAAAUGUGUACAUUUUGUAA